CAGCGCCAGGUCCCUCGCAGCCCUCGGAAAGUAAUGUUAUUUAUUCGCCUGCAUUCAGCCUCUUGGGCUGGAUCCCAUAGACGCCCCGUUGGACUUUGGGCGCCCGCGUCUGACCUCUCCAGCCCCUAUCUUUCCGGUGCAGGCGGCUCCCCGGAAUACACGCAUAUGCACCCCUCGCGCCCCCGCCCCGCGCUCGCACCGGAGUAGGGGUUGGGUCGGACCUGAACCCCUAAAAGCGGAACCUCCUCCCGCCCUCGCGCCAGCCGCGCGUCAGGAGCUGAGUCGCCGGCGGAGGUGGCGGUGGACGGGCCGGGAGUUUCCUCUCGCCCUGGAUGGAGCUGAACUUUGGGCGCCCGGAGCAGCGCGGCCGUCCGGGGAUCGCUGCGUGCUGAGCUCCCUCGGCGAGACCCAGCGGCGGCCCGGGAUUUUUUUGGGGGGGCGGGACCAACCGCGCGCCGGCACCAUGUUCCUGGCGACCCUGUACUUCGCCCUGCCGCUCCUGGACGUGCUCCUGUCCGCCGAGGUGAUCGGCGGGGACCGCCUGGACUGUGUGAAAGCCAGCGAUCAGUGCCAGAAGGAGCAGAGCUGCAGCACCAAGUACCGCACGCUGAGGCAGUGCGUGGCGGGCAAGGAGACCAACUUCAGCCUGACGUCCGGCCUGGAGGCCAAGGACGAGUGCCGCAGCGCCAUGGAGGCCCUCAAGCAGAAGUCGCUCUACAACUGCCGCUGCAAGAGGGGCAUGAAGAAGGAGAAGAACUGCCUGCGCAUCUACUGGAGCAUGUACCAGAGCCUGCAGGGAAAUGAUCUGCUGGAAGAUUCCCCCUAUGAACCAGUUAACAGCAGAUUAUCUGAUAUAUUUCGGGUGGUCCCUUUCAUACCAGCAGAUGUCUUCCAGCAAGUGGAGCACAUCCCCAAGGGCAACAACUGCCUCGAUGCCGCCAAGGCCUGCAACCUGGACGACACCUGCAAGAAGUACCGGUCGGCCUACAUCACCCCCUGCACCACCAGCAUGUCCAAUGAGGUCUGCAACCGGCGCAAGUGCCACAAGGCCCUGCGGCAGUUCUUCGACAAGGUCCCUGCCAAGCACAGCUACGGGAUGCUCUUCUGCUCCUGCCGGGACAUCGCCUGCACCGAGCGGCGGCGCCAGACCAUCGUGCCCGUGUGCUCCUACGAGGAGCGGGAGAAGCCCAACUGCCUGAACUUGCAGGACUCCUGCAAGACGAAUUACAUCUGCAGGUCUCGCCUUGCAGACUUUUUCACAAACUGCCAACCGGAGUCCAGGUCUGUCAGCAGCUGUCUGAAGGAGAACUACGCCGACUGCCUCCUGGCCUACUCGGGGCUAAUCGGUACAGUCAUGACCCCCAACUAUGUGGACUCCAGCAGCCUCAGCGUGGCCCCCUGGUGUGACUGCAACAAUAGUGGCAAUGACCUGGAAGAGUGCUUGAAAUUUCUGAAUUUCUUCAAGGACAACACCUGUCUUAAAAAUGCAAUUCAAGCCUUUGGCAAUGGCUCCGAUGUGACUGUGUGGCAGCCUGCCCUCCCAGUUCAGACCACCACUGCCACCACCACCAGCGCCUUCCGGGUCAAGAACAAGCCCCUGGGGCCAGCAGGGUCCGAGAAUGAAAUCCCCACUCAUGUGUUGCCACCUUGUGCAAAUUUGCAGGCGCAGAAGCUGAAAUCCAAUGUGUCGGGCACCACACACCUCUGUCUUUCUGAUCGUGAUUAUGAAAAGGAUGGUCUCGCUGGUGCUUCCAGCCACAUAACCACACAAUCAAUGGCUGCCCCUGCAAGCUGUGGUCUGAACCCACUGCUGGUUCUGGUGGUAACCGCCCUGUUCACCUUAUCUUUAUCUUUGGCAGAAACAUCGUAGCUGCAUUGAAAAAAAAUAAUAUGGACCUGUAAAAAGACAAAAACCAA